AAACAGCCCCUCCCUUCCUGGAAGCUGGUGUCCAUGGCAGUGCUAGGGGCCUUUCUCUCCCCAGGCCUGCCUGUGUUUCAGGCCUCAGGUGAGCGUUGGAGGUAGGACGCUGUGUCUGGGGAGGCAUAGGUGUCCUGGGUUAAGGACCAGCACCUCUGGGGACCCUUGCUGUAGGCUGGGGGACACCUCGGAUCCUGGCAGGCAAGGGCGAUAGGGACGCCACAGGGAAUGUAUGAAAACCCAGGUGACAUAUUUGGGCUGUAACCUGGUGCCCUGGCCUGAUCAGAAACACCCAUGUGACCCGAAGUCAGUCUGGUGUCCUGUGGAGUAGACACCCACACCCACGGGAAUCCUUGGAGAGCCACCCUGUAGGUGCUGUCUUGGGCUGUCAGCCACACAGAUGUGCACAUGGUCACAUAAGGGGGCCCCACACACAGGACGCAGGGCAGACAGCCCCACCACCCCUUCUCGGCUCCUCCAAGAACAUGACACAUGGCCCCCGAGUCUGGCCAUGAGGGUGGAGAAGCUAAGAAAGGGGCUUCGUCAUCUCUGGUGAAUGAAGAGCCAGCCGGUGGCCACCAGAGCGUCCACGCUGGCACGCCUGCAGACCUGCUGGCUCCCAAAUGCCCGAAGGACACCAAGGCCAGCCCCACACAAGUGGACCUGCAGUCUGUCCCCAAGUUCCUGGACCCCCACACUCUGCGGCUGCGGCUGGGACAGCGGGAGCUGGAGAUGCAAGCCCUGCGGUGUGCCAUCCAGGACCGACAGGACACCCGGCACCACCGCAUCCUGCAGGAGGUGGCUGGACUUCCACUCCAGAGGGGCCCUCACAGUCAGGAAAAGUUCCUGCAGAUCCAGGUCCAGAAGCUGACUCUGGAGCUGAAAGAGCAAAAGGGACGGGCCCAGCUGGAGAGGGAGCGCCUGGAGGAGCAGCUGCUGCAGACCCAGACCUUGCUGCAGCAGCGGGAGGCCGAGCUGCAGGCCUUGCACAAGUCCUGCCUCGUGCAGCUGGCCCACUCCUCCUGGGUGGGCCGCAUGCUCCGGUCGUCCACCGGCAGUGUGGAGGUGGUGACAGCAGAGACCCUGGUGGACCCCAGCGACUCCUCUGAGAAUGACGAGGCCUCCCCUGCUCGGGAGGGUUUCCGGCUGGAGGACGUGGACUGGAACACCAUCGCCCACCGGUACCCCAACCUCCUGGCCAACAUCAAGUCGAACUCCGAUCACAACCUGGGUCCUGGGGCCCUGAUCACAACUUGGGGUGCCCGGCCCACCUUGGAGCAGAAGCACCCCCGGCCCCGGACGCCUCCACGGCCCCGGACGCCCCCACGGCCCCCAGUGGACUCACUGCCCGACGCCUGUGGCCCAGAGUCGGGCGGAAGACAGCACUGUCUCAAGAGUGUGGAGUGGGGCUCCCUGCCCUUCGUGGGCCCUGACAGCUCCAGGGGCGCCAACUCUGACUCUAGCAGCUGGCGGCUAGAUGAGCGUUUUGGGGUGCAGAAGGUGACAGGGCACCCGCCCCGGUCGCCGGGCCACAUUUCUUUCCAGCACAUAGUGUCACCAACCAAGAACUUCAGCAGGGACUCAAAUGCAGAGCCCGGAGGACCUCCGGAACAGGGCAUCUCUCCAGAUUCCCGUGAAACCCACUCGGACCAGCCGGGCAAGGCCGCAGAUGCUGACCACGGAACUUCAGUGCACCCGUGGAGAAAGACCGCCUCCUGCCUGAAGGUAGUGGCCGUGAGCCUCAGCAAGGGGUUCGUCCGCAUCCUCAACCAGUCAGCAGAGGAGACGGCCGACCUGGGUGGCUUCACGCUGCAGCAGCUCGCAGGCGGCUUCCCCACGUGCACCUACCGCUUCCCGCCCCACACGCUGCUGGAGCCCCAGCACCACCUCACGGUAUGGGGUGAGGGGCCUGGCUGCACCAAGAAGCAGCCGCCCUCAUCUGUGCGCCGGAAGCCUGUCCACUUUCACCCCAGCCCCAGCUUCGUGACUCUUCUCCUGAGCCCCGAGGGCCAGGUUCUAAGCGAGUACCAGGCCCCGCACUGCCCGAUCCCUGCCUCGAGGAUCUUCGAGGCCCCCGACUUGUCCGUUGACCGCUUCCCACUCUCAGAGGCCCAGCCUGGGGCCCACGCUCCUCAGCAGCGGCGCCCGCGUGGACCCCUGCGCAAGGGUCGGAGGUGGGAGGCCAGAGCGCAGAGCUGGAGGCCCAGGACACAGGCCCUGUCCGCAGGCUUGGCCACCGGCAAGCUCAUCAGCCCACAGGAGGUGCCCCAACCGCCCCAGAGGGUGGAGAACGACGACGCUCGGGAGCUGCUGCCUGCCAUUGCCCAGGACAGGCUGAGCCUCACGGUCUACCAGUCUGAGAUGGAGCCCACAGUCCGGGUGUGCCGGAAGAGCGUCGACCGGGGCUGCCCCAUGGUGGCGCUGUCGGUGCAGAGCAGGUUCUGCUUACCCAGCUGCCCACCCAUCACCGUGGACACGUGCAGGCGAGUGUAGGCUGGGCAGUGCAGGCGCCUGCGCUCCCGGCCAGCUCCAGGACACCAACGGGCCAGCAAGGGGGCACGAGGAAGCAGUGGCAGGAGGCAGGCAGUGGCAGCUGCGUAAUUUACUGAACCAACGUCACCUACCAAGUA